CUUGCGCGAGUCUUUGGCGCCAAGAUGGCGAUGGAGAUGAGGCUGCCUGUGGCUCGCAAGCCUCUUAGCGAGCGCCUGGGCCGCGAGAGUAAGAAACACCUGGUGGUGCCGGGGGACACGAUCACCACGGACACGGGCUUCAUGCGCGGCCAUGGGACUUACAUGGGGGAAGAGAAGCUCAUUGCGUCUGUGGCUGGAUCUGUGGAGAGAGUGAACAAGUUGAUCUGUGUGAAAGCUUUGAAAACCAGAUAUAAUGGUGAAGUAGGAGACAUUGUAGUGGGGAGAAUCACAGAGGUUCAGCAGAAGAGGUGGAAGGUGGAGACUAACUCUAGGCUGGAUUCAGUCUUGCUUCUCUCAUCCAUGAACCUUCCCGGAGGAGAGCUGAGGAGAAGAUCUGCAGAAGAUGAGCUGGCAAUGAGAGGUUUCUUGCAGGAAGGAGACCUUAUCAGUGCUGAGGUCCAGGCAGUGUUCUCUGACGGAGCUGUCUCUCUGCACACGAGGAGUCUCAAAUACGGAAAACUAGGUCAGGGUGUUUUGGUCCAGGUUUCUCCCUCCCUGGUGAAACGGCAGAAGACUCACUUCCAUGACUUGCCGUGUGGUGCCUCAGUGAUUCUGGGUAACAACGGUUUUAUCUGGAUCUACCCUACACCCGAGCACAAAGAAGAGGAUGCAGGGGGCUUCACUGCAAACCUGGAGCCUGUCUCCCUUGCUGAUCGAGAGGUGAUCUCCCGGCUUCGGAACUGCAUCGUCUCCUUGGUAACUCAGAGGAUGAUGCUGUAUGACACCAGUAUCCUGUAUUGCUAUGAGGCGUCCCUUCCACAUCAGAUCAAAGACAUCUUAAAGCCAGAAAUCAUGGAGGAAAUUGUGAUGGAAACACGCCAGAGACUUUUAGAACAGGAGGGAUAAGAGAAGCGUCUGAAGGACAGGACCGUGUGUACCUGACUGGAGCAGUUCUUGAAAGUGAAGAAUCUGAUCUGUGGUCCACAUGUGGGCUCGGCAAAGAACUGGGACUGGGAGACUCAUCACUUGACCUUCGUCAGGCUGCCUCCAGCCCCCACACCUGCUUUCCUCUGUUCUACGGCAAAGUCUGGGGCAGGUGACAGGGCCAGGCUCGUGGGGUUGCCUGCAGAGUCCUGGCACGAGGGGUAGUUUUGGGUCAUUAAAAGCACGCAGUGUUCCAGCUGAUUGGACUCCCAUCCUGGAAUC